CGAUUCAAAGUGAAUUAAAUAAACGUGUUUAUAAAACUUCGAGACUGUAAUUAAGCUAUAAAUAUAAGCAAUGGCAGGACGUGGACGUGGAGGAAAGACUGGCACACUUACAGCCGAGCAACUGGCGAUGCUUGGCUGUGUGAAGGACAUGCCUGUGCAGUCAGCGCCGCAGCCAACGUUUCCGCCGGUGAUGAACAAACCCAUUGCCCUGGAGACAACAGUCGCACAAAACUAUCAGCUGCUGUGGAAGGAGGAUUUCCUGAAUCGUAUGCGAGAUUCGCCGUAUUACAUUGUCUCAGCGUGCCAGGACAAACUGAAUUUAGAGCACAAAGAUUGGCGAGAGAAAGCUCUGGAGCGAAUGAAGCUGAAAUCACAGCCCGAGUUCAACUACAAAGCCAUGCCCAGGGAACUGAAUAGCUCGAAUCGCAAGCGAAGGGGCGUGGAUGCGCGACUCAAGCUGCUGACCAAGAAGACCAACAUUGAGCACAGACUGAAAGUGCUGGAACAGAAGGAGCUGAAGACCGGUGCCGAAAAUGAGCAAGACGACGGGAAGAAGGAAUCGGAUUCGGAGCAGGAAGAGGAACUGGACGAAGAGGCGGCCCUAGACGAUGAAAUGGACGACGAGAACGACUAUGGCAACAGCUAUUUCGACAAUGGCGAAGCCUACAAUGAAGAGGAUGACAACCUGGACGAUGGCCCCGUCAUAUAAUCAAUUAGUGUUGGAUCUCUGGUUUACUAUGUCGCCACUUUAAGCUUAUUUCAAACACAUUUCAAGUACAUUAUACAUUAAGAUGGA